AUGCCUUCGCACGUAGCGACGAAGAUUCUCGUCUUGUCUGACACUCACGGGCAAGGCAAAUCCAGCGACUAUGCACCAAAUGAAUCGUUCGAUGUCGUCAUUCACUGCGGCGACCUUACACAACACUCAAAAAUUGCAGAGUUUCGCGACACCCUCCAGAUGCUCUCAGGUCUCAAGGCACCACUUAAACUCGUUAUUGCAGGCAACCACGACUUUACCCUCGACUCUGAUGCUUUCAAAAUGAAGAUAAACGAAGCUAAUCAUGUCAAUGGUGAGCCACUGGAGAGCGAAUUAAUUGACAGAGAGUUUGGCACAGACGGAGAAGCCAGAAGGAUUAUCAAAGAUGCAGAGCGCUGUGGCAUCAUGUUCCUAGAUGAAGGAACACACCAGUUCGACCUCCAGAAUGGCGGCGUCCUACGCGUAUAUGCAAGCCCGUAUACCCCAUCGAAGGAGACGUGGGCAUACAGUUAUGAUGGACAGCAUGAGUUCAACAUCCAAGAACAGACCGACGUCGUCAUCACGCAUGGUCCGCCUCAGGGAAUAAUGGACAUGUCGUCGAGCCGCAAACGCCUUGGAUGCCCGCAGCUGUUUGGUGCUGUCGCCAGAUCGCAGCCUCGGAUGCACUGUUUCGGGCACGUCCAUUGCGGUUGGGGAGCAAAGUUAGCCAAAUGGCGGCCCGAGAUCUCUGAUAUACCCUCUCACUUUAGCGAUAUUGACAACGACAAGUCGAUGGUCAUCAACAACCUUGCCGGGCUUAGAGGCAGCAGAUUUGAAUCGGAGGACGACAGGCUCGCCAGGCUGAAAAAGAUCGAUCACAUGACGACACAAAAGGUCUAUUUAUCAGACCAUUCUAUGGGUAGCGAAAACCCUGUCGGACCGGGUCAGACGCUAUUUGUGAACGCCGCUGUUGAGGGAGACGGUGAGGUCAUUCAACCGCCAUGGGGUAUUGUAAUAGACCUACCGACAAGCAAGUGA